AUGAUUGAUUAUCAAGAUGACACACUGGGAGCCAAACCCAUUGUUAUCUGUCAUUGGCUGCUCUUUCUGACACAUCAUGCAUUCUACGACCCCGAUAUCCACUCAACCGUCCUACUGGAAGCCAGUGAAAUCGCUGAUGAGCUUUCAGGGAAAGCGAGGGGUCUUCUUGCCAAAUGGGCAGCACCCGAGUGUCUGGCACCAUCAAGUUUCACGGCUCAUGCCGAACUGGCUGAAAAACAUGGAGGUGGCAAGAGGUGGGGUUACAGAAAUAUCAACUGCGCUGAGAUCGAAUUGCAAGCCCAAGAUCUUGAUGCAACGGAAGGAAACUACUCAUGUCGUAAAGGAUGCUUCUUUUCAACUUUCCACAAGGCACUAACAAUGCACCUCCAGAAUUGGGCUGGCUGCUCCCUGGGAGUGUCAGGUCUUACGCAGAGGUAG